AUGGCCGGAACAUUCAGUGUUGGUCUGGAAGAUUUCCUCAGCGAUGAGAAAGAAAACAUUACUUUGUCUCAGUUGUUGGACAUUCCUACACAACAGCUCGUUGUAGAAGAAGUUAAGCCGCCCGCAAAUAAUCGAUUUGCAACGCCUGUGACAGGAAAUGAAAUUAAAGUACAGCAAGAGCAGGCUAUUCCAAAGAAAACUAGGGAGGCCAACCACUGGUCGUAUGGUGUAUGGACUGCAUGGGUUAGAUACCGUAAUACAAGACCAGAGACAACUUUAGAAUCCGGUGGCUCUAAUAUUCCGGAGGACAUAUGUCAGUUGAGUAAUGAAAGUUUGAAUUUUUGGCUUCAGCGUUUCGUCGUUGAAAUUCGCAGACAGGAUGGGACUAAUUACCCCCCUAAUACGCUUACUCAGAUUCUAUCUGGAUUACAGAGAUAUUUGCGCAACAAUUGUACAGUGGAAGGAUACUGUUCUAGAAGGUACAGGACUUGUAUGAAGAAUGUAAAUGAGGGGGAUGUAAAACCGGUCACCAAAUCUGAUGGGAGUUUGUAUUUCCCGCCCGAUUUCUUCACAAGGGCAUGUGAAUAUUUCGCCACAUUCAGUGGUUGUUAUGAAAAAAUGAAAUCGACAUCAUGCGGGCCACGUUUUUCGAGGAAAGCAGUGAAGGGAUCGAAGAUCAUGUCCAUCAAAUUGUGUCGAAACGCAGACGCCAUAGACACUCUUAUUCACUGCUUGAAUGAUAAAGAUUUCUAUGAGGAAUACAUGCGCCCAUUUGAAGACGAGGAGGGUGGGAAUCGUUGCAAGGUGGCCAAGGAAAAAAUUCGGCAGGGUUUACGAGUCGCCAAAUACAAAUGUGGUGAAACUGAAUAUACCAACCUGAAAACAGUCGUGGAGGACUUUGGGAAUGAUUUCAUUACCUUAUUAUAUCCCGAAUCUGAUGAUCAAAGCUGCAUUAUUGACGUCAACACCCUUACCCCCGACAGGCGCAGGAGGGGCGUGGACAGUACGACUAUGAAGAAAUUGAUGGAUGGAUGGAUUUUGUAA